UUUAUUGCCACAGCCACAGCCACAGGGCAGGGGAAGUGUUUGUGCUGUCGAUGGUGUUGUGUUGGCAUUCGAGUUUACCGCAACGAAACAUUAUGAACAGUGGUAGUUGGCCUAUUUAGUCUGCAGAGGAAGGAAGGAAGGAAGAGGAGGACGACUCUCUCUCUCUCUCCCUCCCUGUCUGUGGCUCACGCUCCCUUGCUCCCUCUCCUUGCAGAGAACAGAGAGACAACCUCGUCUAGUUUCGCGCGCCCAGCGCCGCUCGUGCCUGUCCCUCGUGCACAUUUCCCAGAUCUCGAGACCCUCUUUGUCCCUCGGCUCAUCGAGUACUCUCAGCACAUCACUAUUACAUUGCCGUCACACCAAUCAGAUACUCUCGGCGCGUCCCCGCAUUGCUUCUCGAGUGCUAUCGGGAUUACACAGAUGACGAAAAAUGCUGACUAUUAAAGCCCGCCAUUGAAAGAGUGAUUUCGGAAGGGAGAGAUUAAAGAAUUCUACAGCUCUGACUCUCACUCACUCCCUCCGUUCUCUCUCUCUCUCUCUCUCUGCGUGUGUGUUACUUUCCUUCCUCCGCCAUUUUUGAUUGGAAUUUCGGGGGCAGGUAGUUCGGGUGCAGAGAACAUGAGGUGGGUUUGGGGGCAAAGUUUCGGACUUGUUAAUGUUUGAUUGACAAAGGGCCACGAUCAUCGGAGGGUCGGUGCUACCAAGGUGUCUGAAUUUCUUGAACCAGCCGAGUCUUGCUUCCCAUUGAACACGAGGUAAAAUUAAAAAAUUCGACCUUUGAACCGCUUCAUCUGUUUUGCUGCUGCCACGUCUCUGUGUUCCGGGCAUUGUUUAUAUUAUCUGCAGCAUUGGGAUCAAUAUUCAAAUGCCUUGGGGGGUUUAGGAACAUGCAAGUGAUAAGCUUUAAUUGCAGUUCUUUCGGGGGUCUGUUGAGGAUUCCGGCUCCGGCACCUCGUACUUAGACAAAGGUUGUUGCUUGUAUCAGUCUCAUGCGUGAGAGUUAAGGAUUGCUGUGCUGUAUAUAAUUACUGGUGGCACUUUUGGAAAAAGCCUAUUUUGAUGAAAUUGAGCUUAAGGGGUUGUUCUUGACGAUAUUUGAUGUUGAUGAGUUCGAGCAAUGACAGACUCUGAUAGUUGUGUUGAGAGUUCCGAUCAUUUCUUUGAUUCGGUUGAGUCCUUGUCGCCAACCGACCAGGAAUUUGAUUAUGGUGUCUGGGUGAACGAGCCGAGAAGUGUCAAGGAGAGGCGGGAAGAUUUCCUCCAGGGAAUGGGUUUCGUGGAGUUCAGGGGUUCUUGUUUUCCUGUUGAGGGUGAGAGAUUAUGCGAGACGAGUGGAGCUAUCUCGAGCUCCUCGAGUGGCUUGGACACUGAUUCUGUAGAGGAGUGUUCGGUUAGCACUGGCAGAGAAUCGGGGAAGGAUGCAAAUGACUUGAUGGAUGAGUCAGAUGAAGAUCAAGAGAAUGAAUCGCAUUCUUCUUCGGAAUUCAGUCAAACCGAGAAGCCGGAAGAAGUUAAGAGUGCGAGGAAGGGGAAAUUGAAUAGAUGGUGGAGUUUCCUCGCAAACAGGAGAAGUAAUUUGAAAGCGGAUUCUUUUUCCGCCAGAAUGGACCAUGAGGAAAGAACCAAAUUGCCUGUAUUGAAUAGAUUGAAGGUCCAGCACAAGCAGAAAAGUUGGAAGGAGUUCACGGGACUUUACUCGGGGCAAGAGAUUCAAGCUCACAGUGGACUCAUCUGGACCAUGAAGUUCAGCCCUGACGGCCAGUUCUUGGCCAGUGGAGGCUCUGAUGGUAUCGUUCGGGUGUGGAGAGUUAACUCUGCUGAUGCCCAAUUCAUUAACUUCCCUGCCUCUGGAGGAGGAAAAGUGAAGGGAGAUAAGUUUGGCUCCCAAAGGAGGAGCUCAAACGACUCCUCGGUCCUCAUUCCCGAUAAGGUCUUCUGGAUAGAGGAGUCGCCGGUCCAUGAGUUCCAUGGCCACACCGGUGAUAUUCUAGACCUUGCUUGGACGAACUCAAACCAUCUUCUCUCUUCGUCCACCGAUAAGACAGUUCGAUUAUGGAAUAUGGGCUCGGACAGUUGCCUUGAUAUUUUCCGCCACAGCAACUAUGUGACUUGCAUUCAAUUUAAUCCUGUUCACGAGAACUACUUCAUCAGUGGCUCCAUAGAUGGGAAAGUUCGGGUCUGGGGAGUUUCUGAAAGACGAGUCAUUGACUGGGCCGAUGUCCGGGAUGUAAUAACUGCCAUAUGCUACCAACCCAAUGGAAAAGGUUUUGCCGUUGGCUCUGUUGUGGGCACUUGCCAUUUCUUUGAUGCAUCGGGUUCUCAUCUCCAUCUCAAUAGAACCAUAGAUGUUCAGGGUCGUAAAAAGACUUUGAACAGGAUAACGAGCAUUCAGUUUUCUCGGGAAAAUUCUCACAGGGUGAUGAUCACAUCGGAAGAUGGCAAAAUACGAGUCCUCGAGGGUUCAGAUAUCGUCCAGAAGUACAGAGGUCUUCCAAAGUCGGGAAGUCAGCACUCAGGCUCCUUUAGUUCGAGUGGAAAACACAUAGUGUCAGUAGGAGAUGAUUCUCGGGUUUACUUGUGGAACUACGACAGCUUUUCUGUCCCUCCAUCCAAAGGUAAAUCCAUGAAGUCCAUCCGGUCCUGCGAGCAUUUUAUCUCUGAGGCCGUGUCUCUUGCCUUACCAUGGCCAUGCACGGGAACCGACCGAAGUCUCUUAGGAAUCAAUAGUUGUAAGAACCUGCAAUAUUGCUUGAGAAGGUCCGAAUAUCCUUCAGAGGCGAGGGACUCGGACAGGUUCUCCAUUGGGAACUGGUUCUCCAUCGAGGGUCCGUGCCUAGGGACAGCCACCUGGCCUGAGGAGAAGCUUCCACCCUCGGAGUUGUCAGAUGAAGAACGUUAUGAGCUUCAACCACAGAACAAGCAGGAUUGUUACAGAGAAGAGAUCGCCGGUGAUCGUGUUCGAGUCUCGGAAACAUGGGGCGCCGUGAUCGUUUCGGCGAGCUUUGAUGGGAAAAUCCGGACAUACCACAACUAUGGGCUGCCCGUGAGGCUCUGAGGGGAUUUCGCGAAAUUUCUGGAAACAAAAUUUCCAAGCCAUGCAAUUGCAGGAAUGUAGUUUGAGUUUCUUGCAUUGCAAGUACAGCAGAUUAUAGAGAAAUGUCAAUUGUUUCAUGACAUGAAUUAGUUUGUCUUCCCAUGUAAUUAUGUGAUUUUAUUUUUCUUCCUCAGUUAAGGGAGCUGAGUUCAUGCAAACAUAGUAAUGGGGAUUUUUUUCCCGUGCUAAUGCGGGCUUAAGAUUUUUCUUUUUUAAAG